UCAUACCAAAUUACCAAUACAUGAUUCAUGACUACAUCGCUUCAAUAAGAGUCCAAUUCCUCUUCUUUUUCUCUCUCUCCUCCUCUUCUGAGUUCUCUCAUCACUCAUCAGAUCUUCAAGAGCAAAAGAGCAAAAAUGGAGCAGCUAAAAACCAUAGGAAGAGAGCUUGCAAUGGGGUCUCAAGGCGGUUUCGGUCAAUCGAAAGAAUUCCUAGAUCUCGUAAAAUCAAUCGGUGAAGCUCGAUCUAGGGCAGAAGAAGACCGCAUCGUUCUCCACGAGAUCGAAACCCUAAAACGUCGAAUCAUCGAACCAGACAUACCUAAACGCAAGAUGAAAGAGUUCAUUAUUCGUCUCGUUUACGUUGAGAUGCUUGGCCAUGACGCCUCUUUCGGCUACAUCCACGCAGUUAAGAUGACUCAUGAUGAUAAUAUCCUCCUUAAACGUACUGGAUACUUAGCUGUUACACUUUUUCUUAAUCAAGACCAUGAUCUUAUCAUCCUCAUUGUUAAUACUAUUCAAAAGGACUUGAAAUCUGAUAAUUAUCUUGUGGUUUGUGCUGCUUUGAAUGCUGUUUGUCGCUUGAUCAAUGAGGAGACUAUACCGGCCGUCUUGCCUCAGGUUGUUCAGUUGCUUAAUCAUCCUAAAGAACCUGUUAAGAAGAAGGCGGUUAUGGCGUUGCAUCGCUUUUAUCAGCAAUCACCGUCUUCUGUUUCUCAUCUUGUCUCCAAUUUCCGCAAGAAGCUUUCUGAUAACGAUCCUUCAGUCAUGGGUGCUUCCCUUUGUCCUCUGUUUGAUCUGAUUACAAUAGAUGCUAAUUCCUAUAAAGAUUUAGUUGGAAGCUUUGUGAGUAUUCUGAAACAAGUGGCAGAAAGAAGAUUGCCCAAAAGCUAUGAUUAUCAUCAGAUGCCUGCGCCAUUCAUUCAGAUUAGGUUGCUCAAAAUCCUCGCAUUGUUGGGUAAUGGUGAUAAGCAUGCUAGUGGACAGAUGUAUACUGUUCUUGGAGACUUGAUCAGGAAGUCUGACGCAUCCUCCAACAUUGGAAAUGCUGUGCUCUAUGAAUGUGUGUGCUGUGCUUCGGCUAUACAUCCUAAUGCAAAAUUAUUGGAAGCUGCAGCUGAUGCAAUAUCGAAGUUUCUGAAGAGUGAUAGUCAUAAUUUGAAAUACAUGGGCAUUGAUGCCCUUGGUAGAUUAAUAAAGUUAAGCCCAGAAGUUGCGGAACAACAUCAACUGGCAGUGAUAGAUUGCUUGGAGGAUCCGGAUGAUUCCCUUAAGCGGAAAACAUUUGAACUACUGUAUAAGAUGACCAAGUCUUCUAAUGUGGAAGUGAUUGUUGACCGUAUGAUCGACUAUAUGAUAAGUAUCAAUGAUAAUCAUUACAAAACUGAAAUUGCAUCACGCUGUGUUGAACUUGCUGAGCAAUUUGCCCCAAGUAACCAAUGGUUUAUUAAGACAAUGAACAAAGUAUUUGAGCAUGCAGGUGAUUUGGUAAAUACUAAGGUGGUGCACAACUUAAUGCGUUUGAUCGCAGAAGGAUUUGGAGAGGAUGAUGAUACUGCAGAUGGUCAGCUGAGGCUAUCUGCUGUUGAGUCAUAUUUGCGAAUCAUUGGUGAACCAAAGCUGCCAUCUACAUUUCUUCAAGUUAUUUGUUGGGUAUUGGGGGAGUAUGGAACUGCUUAUGGGAAAUAUUCUGCUUCAUACAUUACUGGCAAGCUUUGUGAUUUAGCAGAAGCCUAUUCAACUGAUGACACAGUGAAGGGAUAUGCACUAACAGCACUCAUGAAGAUCUAUGCUUUUGAAAAAGCAGCAGGGAGAAAUGUGGACAUGCUGCCCGAGUGUCAGUCAUUGAUUGAAGAACUAUCAGCAUCCCACUCAACAGAUUUGCAGCAGCGCGCAUAUGAACUGCAAGCUGUCGCUGGUUUGGAUUCUCAAGCAGUUGAAAGUAUACUUCCAUUUGAUGCAAGCUGUGAGGACAUUGAGGUUGACAAAUGCCUCUCAUUUCUUGAUGGUUAUGUGCAACAAUCUCUAGAAAAUGGGGCUCAACCUUAUAUCUCUGAGAAUCAAAAUUCUGGAAUACUAAGUAUCAGCAACUUCAGAAGCCAAACUCACCAUGAGCCAUCCACUCAUGGACUUAGGUUCGAGGCCUAUGAGCUUCCAAAGCCUGUGGAGCAACCAAAGCCUACUCUGGUGUCACAUUCCCCUUCAACAGAACUUGUCUCUGUACCCGAGCCAUCAUAUACCCGAGAGAUCCAGCAGGCUGUGUCACUGAGACCAUCGGCUGAUGCUGGAUCAAAUGAAAUCAAGCUACGGCUCGAUGGGGUCCAAAAGAAAUGGGGAAGGCCAAAUUAUUCCUCCCAGCCUUCUACUUCAAAUUCUUCCUCCCAAAAUGUUACUAAUGGUGCUUCACAACAUGAUGGAGCAGGCACUGUAAGCUCAAAAUCUCGGGAUAGUUCUUACAACUAUAAGAAGCAGCAAGUGGAAGUUGAUCCAGAGAAACAGAAGCUUGCUGCUUCACUGUUUGGUGGUGUUUCAAAAGCAGAAAAAAGGCCAUCUUCAACUAGCCAUAAAUCUACAAAAGCAUCCAGUCAUGUUGAGAAAUCCCAAGAAGCAAAAUCAGUGGCAGAGACGGCACCACCACCUCCUCCACCUGACUUGCUUGAUCUGGGUGAACCUGAUAAUAUGGGUAGUUCUUCAUCAGUAAUCGAUCCUUUCACACAGCUGGAAGGCCUUCUAGAGCCAGGUCCAGGUGCAUCAUCUGCAAAUAAUUCGAGUUCCGUCGGUUCUACCAAAGAGUCUGAUCUUCUGUCACUCUAUGGGGAUAUUCCAAUGAGUACACAAUCUGAAUUUGCAGAUAAUCUCAGUAAAGAUGAUAACCUCAUAUUUGAGUCAUCAAAUGUCGCUGAUAAGAAUGGCCACACCCAACAAUCACAAGGAAGCAAGGGCCCUAACCUGAAAGUUGCACUGCAAAAGGAUGCCUUGGUCAGGCAGAUGGGUGUUACCCCAACAACGCAGAAUCCCAACUUGUUCAAGGACUUGUUUGGCUAAGUCAUUCAAGAUAUAUCUUACUCAAGCUCUCUCGUACGGGAAGUUAAAGCAGAGGCAGGAUGCAAUGCUUGAAGCUGCUGGCUAAAGCAUUUAUGCAGGGCAAGCUAAUAUGAUUUCAUGUAAAGGUUUUCAGGCAAGUGAACGGAUUAAAUGUUGAGUACAGUCUUAAAUUCGGAUCCUGCAGUUCGGCUCUUGUUCCUUGAUGGUGAUGUUUUUUUGUGUAAAAAUAGCACCAUUGAAGAGUUUGGUGGUGUAUAUUUGGGGUGUUGGGGGAUCUCCCUGUCCAAUGAUACGCAUGGGGGCUAUUUCCUCCCUUGCCUAUGCUCAGAGAUGAUUGAAAAUUUUGGUGCAUUUUAACCGAAGUCUUGUUUGUGAUCGAUGUGAUGUACGUGCUCUUAUUGAUCCCUGUUGUAAUAAUGGUAAUAAAAUUGUAUCAGUAAUUUCUAUAUAGUAUAUAGUUCCUCUUAUGUUCAUGUACUGACUGCAGAAAGUGUUUUGCUGCUGAGCCCGUUCUUGAGUGUUCAACAUGUAAGGUGCAAUAUUUUCUUUUUUAGGUUCUUACUUCUUCAUUGCCUUUGCUUAAGACGGCUAUUAUUGACGCAAGUAUGAAUUUGCAUUU